AUGCCCACAGCAGUCUUGACAGGAUGCAACUCCGGCAUUGGCUACGAAAUGGCCAAAAUCGCGGUAAAGGACGGCUACAAAGUGUUCGCGCUUGAUGUUGUCUUCGGAGACAAGCUCGAGUCAUUGCAACAGGAAGGCUGCAACAUUGGUCAACUGGAUGUGACAAGUCCAGAGUCGAUUGCAAAGACCAAGGAAUGGAUCGGCAAUCAACCCGUUGAUCUUCUCUUCAACAUCGCCGGUAUAAUGCCAGAUCCGAAGAAGGAAGACUCACUCGACACAGUAAACCUCUCAACGAUCCAGAAGAGCUUCGCCAUCAAUGCGUACGGGCCUUUCCUGCUCACUCAGACGCUUCUUCCGAACGUUCUGACGGCAGGAUCGAACCCCAAACGAAUCGCAGUCAUCUCAUCUCGCGUUGGCUCGAUCGCAGACAACACCUCAGGAGGAGCAUAUGCGUAUCGAGCGUCGAAGACUGCGGUGAACUCAUUCUUCAAGACACUUGCUGUAGAACUGAAGGGCCAGGGGGUUGCUGUAACGAUUCUGCACCCUGGCUUUACAAACACCAACUUGAGCCCUGAUCUGAAGAACAUCCCCGGUGUGGUAGAGCCCGAGGUCGCUGCGAAGGGCUUGUGGAAGAUUGUGAAAGAGAAGGGGCUGGAGGAUACCGGAAAGUUUUGGCAUCGUGAAGGCACUGAGUUGCCGUGGUAG